AUUCAUUGCAAAAAGGCUUAAAACAUGGAGAAGUUUACUAAUCCAGCCACGUUGGAGAGUGCUGAUGUCUUGAGGCCAUUAGCCGAUUUUCCAGUCAAUAUAUGGGAAGAUCCCUUGGCUUCUUUCGCCAUUUCCGAAACGGAAAGUCACACGUACGAUGAGAGACUGAAGGCGCUAAAGGAGGAGGUGAAGGAGUCAUUCGUAGCAUCGAAAGCGAACAUGAUUGAAAACAUCAAACUGAUUGACGCUUUGAGUCGCCUCGGUAUCUCCUACCACUUUGAACAAGACAUACAAGAACAGUUAGAGAAAGUUUUCCUCAGCGACCAUCUCAAUGAGAUGACGAGAACCGGCAAAUUCGACUUAUCUACGGCCGGGGUGUUGUUUCAAGUUUUCAGACAGUUUGGCUAUAAAGUCUCCACACAGGUGUUUGACAAGUUCAAGAACGAAGACGGGAAGUUCGAUGAACGCCUAGGCGAGGACGCAAGAGGCAUGCUAAGCUUGUACGAAGCUUCCCAAUGGAGCACCCGUGGUGAAGAUAUUUUAGACGAAGCUCUCUCUUUCUCGACGACGCGUUUGGAAACGCUAUCUCGCCAGUGUGCCCCUCAUCUCGCAGUACGGAUCGAGAACGCGCUUAAGCAUUCCUUCCACAAGGGUAUCACGAGGUUAGAGACCAGACGGUACAUCACUUACUACGAAGAGGAACCAUCUCAUGAUAAGGUGUUGCUAGAAUUCGCAAAGGUUGAUUUCAACUCCGUACAGCUGCUACACCGCCAGGAGAUUGGCCAUGUUUACAGAUGGUACAAAGAGCUACAGCUUGAUGUUAAAUUACCAUACGCAAGAGAUAGGGUGAUCGAAAGCUACUUGUGGGCACUUGGAGCGUACUUCGAGCCGCAAUAUUCACGAGGGAGAAUCAUAGUAGCCAUCACUAUAAUUUUGUUAACACUCCUUGAUGACACAUAUGACGCUUAUGGCACGCCGGGCGAACUUGAUCAGUUUACAGAUGCCUUGGAGAGGUGGGAUCGAACCGCGGCCGAGGGGCUCCCAGAUAGCAUGAAGUAUUUGCAUCAUGUUAUAUUAGAUUUUUAUGACAAAAUUGAGGAAGAGAUGGAUAAAGAAACAAGGCUCGGAUGCGGGUUUCAUGCAAAGAAAUCAUUCAUACUGACCGCCAAAGGUUACCAUAAAGAGGCAAAGUGGUUGCGGGAAGAUUAUGUGGCGACGUUUAAAGAGUACAAAGAGAACGGCAUUUUUCUGUGCGCUUAUUACGCGGCAAUAACAUCAUCCUUUGUCGGGACGGGAGACGUCGCCAAACUUGACGCCUUUGAAUGGUUAAGUUCAUACCCUAAGGUUUUCGUAGCUUCUCUGAUAAUCAGUCGAUUCAUGGAUGACAUUUCGACUUACGAGUUUGAACAUAAGAGGAAACAUGUUGGCACGGCGAUUGAUUGUUACAUGAAGGAAUAUGGGGUUGCCAAGGGGAAAGCCAUCGAAGAGAUCCAAAACAUAAUCAUGGAUUCAUGGAAGGAACUGAACCAAGAACUGAUGAGGCCACACCUAUUUCCUUUCCCUCUUCUAAUGCGAAUUCUAAACCUCACGAGGGUUAUUGACGUAUUCUACAAGUACCAGGAUUUGUUCACCAACCCGGAGCUCCUGAGAGAUGAUGUGGUUUCUUUGUUCAUCGAGGAGAUACCCAUAUAAGCCGUCUGCAAUGAUUUUUACAAGCUCCGAUCACUUGGACAAUGUUCCAAGAUUCUGAAGCAUGUAAUGUUUUGUGUGCCUGUAAUAUAUUUUGUGUGUGUGUGUUUUCUGUCAUAUUCUAGAACACUGUCUCAUGAAUUUGGUCGUUUCUAUA